AUGGCACUGGGGUUUGGGCUCGCCUUUGGACUCCCAACCAUGGCGUUUGGCGGGUUAUCAGCCUAUCUCAACCCCGCAGCGUGCCUCUUCCAGUGCGUCGCUGGGAACCUAUCCGGUGUGGAGUUCCUGGCGCUUUCGUUCAGUGAGGUGGCGGGUGCUUUCCUGGGCGCCGUCCUUGUCUGGCUCUGCUACCUCCCCCACUUCAACAUCAUGCCGGACCCACCCUCCAUCGCCGACGCCGACCCCUACUAUGGGGACCCACUCCUGGGAGGGGGUGCCUACCACACCCUCACCCCCACCCACCUGGCAGUAGGGGGGUACAAUAGCGACCCCCUGGAUCGGUAUCUGCGUCGGAACCCUGGGCAGGCGCUGAAGGGGACCAUGCGGAAGAAUAUCAAGCUGGGCAUCUUUGCCACCCAGCCCGCCAUCUAUGCGCUCCCCUGGAACUUUACCUGUGAAUUCAUGGCCACCGUGACCCUGCUCCUGGUGGCCAACCUGGUGGCUGCUCGCGGCAACACCCUACCCGAGCCAGCCAGGGGCCUGUUUGGAGCCCUGUAUGGCUUCAUGCUGGGCUUCAUCAUCUUCCUCAUCGUCCUUGUGCUUGGGGGCCCCACUGGGGUCGCCACCAACCCCGCCCGCGACCUGGGCCCGCGCAUCGCGCACUGGAUCCUGCCCAUCCCGGGCAAGGGGCCCAGCCAAUUCCUGACCUACGGCUGGAUCCCCGUCAUCGCACCCCUGUGUGGGGGUGCGGCUGCGGGCGGCCUCUUUGUCGUCAUCCAGAGACUGACGACAGCAAGCGACGUGCCGGCUGGCUCCAUGGUCUGUGAAGGUCGCUGA